AUGCAUAGUUCACAGAAUAUAAAUUUAGAACAAAUUCCUCUCAUAGAAGAAAUAAAAAUUAGUGAUAUAGAAGAAGAUAUAAACAUAAAAACAGAUAAAUUGUUCAUGUAUAUAAUGCCUUCUAUAUACACAGACACCACUAUCCAUAAUUCAAACAGUGAGGAUUUUAUUGAAUACUUUAAUAUAGAACAUAUCACCCAAAUCUUUAUGAAAAUGUGUUUAUCUAUGAAUUGCUAUAUACACACUUUAAGCAAACAGAAUGUCUUUUUCGAGUUAUUUCGAGCGGCUAUUUUUAAUUAUAUUAGUCUGUGUAUAGUAUCUAUACGGCCAAAGGACUGUGUUAGCGCACAGCUAAAGAUUCUCGCAAAAAAGAUUCUAGGGAUUAGUAUAAUGAAUUACUGCAUAGAAAUAGACAAUGCGGAAACCAAUAAUGAAACUUUAAUUCUAAGCAAGGCAUGCCAAGACUAUAUUUUAAACAUAUUCAAGGACAAGGCACUAUUAGAUAAAAUAAAAUAUACAGAAAUAGCAUGCAAUAAAUGGCACACUUCUCUAAUACGGUCUUCUGGAAAUGCGUAUCAUCCGUAUUUAAAAUACAUGAUGUUUACAGUGAAUGAAAACCUUUUAAUGUCAUUUUAUGUCAGAGAAAUUAUAGAAAAUACUCUGUGUGAGUUUUUUCAAUAUUAUAAAGAGUAUUCUUCUACAAAAGAAGUAUGUUUAUUUGAUAAAACAGAAAGCGGAAUGUACAAAAUAGAUUGUGCAAUGGAUCUAGUUAUGAAUAAUCUGGGGAAGAUUAAGUUUUAUCACCAGUUUAAAGACGAACCAAGCAAUAUAAAAUUUUCUAACUACGAAAAGGGCUUGCUCUAUGCACUAAAAACCAAUAUUUCAGAAGUACUAGAUGUAUUCAGUAUAAUCCGUGAGAUAACAAAUGACUAUACGGACUGCAUAGAUUAUAACCACAUUGUUCUAAACACACGCAUAGCGCCGAAAGAAACAAUAUUUAAAAAAAGUCUUUUAGAGCUAGGGCAUAUGCUAAACAAUAUAAAUGCCCGAUUAAUCUUACUUAUAGAAAAUAAUACACUAACAAUGCCGGCUUUAGAAUAUGUUAUAGAUAGAGUUAACCUAUACAUUAGUUUAUUAAAUGAGAUAAUCGCACAUAAAAUAAGCCAACAAAAAAAGAAGAAAGCGCAGGCUAUAUUUUUUAUGGCAUGCACAUUUGUUCCUGGAAUUAUUAUAUCAAGUUAUAUGUUAUUUAGAGCACUUAUAGUGAAAUAG